CUUAUUUAUGGCAAGUCCUAUAGAUUUCAAUCUAAACCAAAUGCAAGUAGACUUCAUCUUAGAUAAAAUGCCAAAGGGAUUCUCUUUAUUGUAAGCUAGUCUAUUAACAGCUCGAGAAUAGAGAGUGGUAAGAAAUCAGUUCCUUAUAAGUCUCUAGUCCAAGAAAGUUAAUAAAUAUGAUGCCUCUUUCCAAUCUAAUAAAUAAGAAGCAGUGGAAGACAAAAGUAAAAGAAUCCAAAGACAAACAUCCACUUCCCAAAAAGAAUCAUACAAACCAUAGACAGAUGAUAAUAACAUUAAAAAAGGAUUGCGCUUGCUAUAGAUGUUUAAAUCUCAUCCUGCUUUUACAUAAAUUGAUGCUUAAGGGUAAAUUAAUUUCGAUAAAAUUGAAGCUUUUUUCUUAUAGGAAGGUAUUGCUUACUAGUAAUUAAAAGGUAACUUGAUUGACUUGAAGAAUUAAAUCAAACUAACAUUCCAAAAAUUACAUUAAAAUGCCUCCAAUCAAAUUUAGGACUUAGUAGCCUAAUUAGAAACUCACUUUUAUAAUGUAUUUAAAUCAAUUUCAAAUCAAUCAAAACCAGCACCUGUCUAGAACAAGUACAAAUUAUCUAACACACCUCUAGAAACUCUCUAAAUAAAACUAUUCCUCAGAAACCUAAAGUAGUUUAAAAUUCAAAGAAACAAGACUAGAUCAUUAUUACAUUUGAAGUGAAAAAAUAAUUGGGUUAACAAAUAAGAGAUUUGCCUUCAGAGGAUUUAAAAGGAGUUUGGGAAAUUGUUCAAUAAAAUGUUCAAACUAGGGAGGAUGAAGAACUUGAAUUUGAUAUCGAUGUAUUACCUCUCAAGAUUAUUAGAAAACUAUAAGAAUAUGUCAAAAAUAAAUUGUAAUCUAUCUAUUUUGAUAUUAACAGGAAAACAAAGAAAGUGAAGAUUGACGCCUCUAUUAAUUAGAGUUCAUAGAGAUCCUUAAAUCACGAUAGUUCUUUUGCUUCUGAGUCCUUUGAAUGAGAAUAUAAUUAUA